CUCAUUCAUUUGUUGUGUUUUUUAAUCUUCCAGUAAAAGCUAAAGUCAGUUGUUUGUGUUUGUUGUUGUCAGGUGUUUGCUGCCCUCUGCUGGACAACGCUGAGACUACAACACUCCUCAUGUCAUUGUUCAGUUAUUACAGACUAGAGGUUAAUAAUUGUCUUUAUAAUGUUACAGUAAACACAUCCAGCUCAGAACAAUAUGAGAGAAAUGGUCUGGUGUGGUCUGUAUCACAUGUUCACAUCUAACUACAUCUUAUUUUCAGUGUCUGCAGCUUCUUCCUGUUCUGCUCAUUCACGCUCUCAUCUCAUUCAUCCCUUCACUCAGAGCUCAGAGACUCUAAUGGACACGCUCAGACCUGGAUCACCAGACCCAGACUUCACGGAGUCCUCUGAGAACCAGCCUCAGGACCCAGCUGGUUCUUGCAUGGGUGAGUGAACGUCAGCCAUGAGCGCGGAGCCGGACGCCCUGGCCGUGGUCAACCAGCUGAGGGACCUGGCCGCCGACCCCAUGAACCGCCGGGCCAUCGUCCAGGACCAGGGCUGCCUGCCGGGACUCAUCCUGUUCCUGGACCACCCCAACCCUCAGGUCGUCUACUCCGCCCUCCUGGCGAUCCGUUACCUGGCAGAAUGUCGAGCCAACAGGGAGAAGCUGAAGGGGGAGCUGGGGAUGAUGCUGAGCCUCCAGAACGUCGUGCAGAAGUCGACCACUCCUGGAGAGACGAAGCUCCUGGCCUCAGAAAUCUACGAGCUCCUGCAGGCUUCUGGCGAUGCAGACUCCGAGCCGGCCGAGGAGGCCGUCAGCAGCCGCCGCAAAGCACAGUUCUUCCUGGGUUCCAGCAACAAGAGAGCCAAGACGGUCAUCCUCCACAUCGACGGCCUGGACGACUCGAGUCGGAGGAGUCUGUGUGAGGAGGCCCUGCUGAAGAUCAGAGGAGUGAUCAGCUUCACCUUCCAGAUGGCCGUGAAGAGAUGCAUUGUCCGGAUCCGAUCAGACCUGAAAGCAGAGGCUCUGGCGUCGGCCAUCGCCUCCACUCAGGUGAUGAAGGCUCAGCAGGUGGUGAAAGGAGAAAACGGAGACGAGGUUCUGAUCCCGUUUGCUGAGGGCGGUUCGGUGGAGGUGGAGCAGAACGUGGACCUGCCGGACUACCUACCAGAAGACGAGAGUCCGUCUCAGGAGCCUGACAAGGCGGUGAGCCGGGUGGGUUCUGGUCAGGAUGGGAGCAGCUGGCUCGGCGCCGCCGCCAACUUCCUGUCCCGCUCCUUCUACUGGUGACCCCAUGGGGCCGCCUCCCCCUCCUCCUCCUCCCCCCUCUGUUAAACCUCCCGCCUCCUCAGAACCAAAUCCUACCAGCUGCCAAAUCUCAGCGCUGUCAGUGUCAGCCGGAGACAAAACUGAAACACGACUCCAACAGUGAGUUCAAACACAGACCCCAGAUCUGUCAACACCGCCGUGAACACCGCUGUCACAGUCGACAGGAACUGUGGCUUUACAGUUCUCUCUGGAAACGGGUCCAUAUAUUACAAACCAAAUUGUCUUAACAGACAGGAAGUGUCCUAACGGACACCACCGAGUUAGAAUGAAGAGGCCUGGCCGGGACGCCGCUCUCCUCCUUUGACCUUUUUCUUAUUUAUUAUUUAACAGACUGAGUGACUUUUCUUCUGCAGUGUGACGUGUUUGAAAGGUCGAGUUCAGUCAGCGGUGCCUUCAGUCUCUCUGACCCACGACCUGAGGCUGCAGCUACCUGCUCUCUGUUACUGUUCUCAUGCUGCGUUCCUUUUAGACGGAGGUCAGAGGUCAGAGCUGGGAGUGAUGUCACCUCCGAGUCAACCUCAUUCUAGUUGAUAAGUCAGGAAAACAUGGACGCUCACAGGAAGUCUUUGUUCCUCUUCAAAACAACGUUAGCAGAGUGUUCACUGCUGAGGAUGUGAGGAGCAGCCAUUUUGGAUUCUGAUGUCGGUUGCUCCGACUUUCUGAGCUGGAAAUCCAACUUCGGUCUGGGAAGUGAGAAAUUCAGACUUCUAACUAGAACGCAGCAUCGGUGUCACACAUGAUGACAAACACCCAACAGACUGAAGGAGAGGACAAACAAUGGUUAAUACAGAAUCAGAGGAAACAGAAAAUCCUAAAAACCAGUUUCAGCGUCGGCCCACUGAUGUAACAACAGUGAUCCAACUGUUGGAGACAUGAAACUCUCAAACUGUUCCCAGGUUCUCAGGGUUUUUCUGUCCAAACUCAGACCACAUGUUUCUGAGUGUGUUUCUCCACCCAGCAGCUGCAACACCAAACACAUCACACACACACAUUUACACUGGAACUGAGUGUGUGUUCCUCACCCUGCUGUCAGGUGGUAAAACUCAUUCUUUUUGUUGCACAGCGUCAGGUGACCUCCUCCUACCUGAGCAGGUAAAUCCCACUGCCAGCUGUGGGUGUUUGUCGUCAUGUGUGACAGCAGUGGUUAGCUGCAGCCUCUUGUCAUGUUUCUGUGUUAACGUGUGUUGGAGGGUUAAAGGGCCGUGACCUGCAGAGAGGUCAGAGACUCGGAGGCCGUGGGUUCGAUUCCUCCUCACUGUGAGAGGGAGACGUUGUGUCCUCGGGUCAGUGACGGAACGGUGCUUUACUUCCUCUGAGAGGUUUCUGGACCCGUCACCAUGUUUACAGCGACACACCCGUACGAAUGCCUUUGAACUGAACUUUAGAUUGAACACUUCCUGUGGGUCAGAUGCUGAACUCUGCCUCACAUCCAACCACAUGGUGUUUGAUGGAGCGACGUUACCUGAGCUUUAUUUUCUCUUCCUUUUGUGGUGGCGUCUGACAGACAGAGGGUUGAUGGGAACCGGUUUCUGACCACAGAUGAAUCUGGGUUGAUGUUUUUAUUUAGAGUAGAAAUCUGUUAAACACUGGACCAUGAGCUUUUUAAAGUUUAACCACACGAUCACAAACUGAGUCUGAACAAACACUGAGCGUCAGCAGCAGACAGACAGUAUUACACUCCACACAGGUGUUUUAUUAAACUGAAUUUAUUUCAUUCCCUCUGAGCUCAGACACAUUCCCUUCACUCUGUGUUCCCAACAGAGAGAGAAAGUUACUGAUGUUUUCUUUAAUCAGGAGGAAGUGAAAUCACCUUUAAUGACCUUGUACAGAUUUCUACUGUCCUGAUGUGUUUCUGUGAGUUUGUGUGUUCAUGUACCUGCCAGGUGUGCUUGUAGCUCCGCCUACACCGCUCGCUGUCCAAUCACAUUCAGAGUAGUUGUCAUAUGUUAGCAUGAUGCUCGAGUCUAAAGCAAACUGACCUGAACAUAAACAACAUGAUGAAUAAAAGAAGACAGACGUGUGUUCAAACAUCA